AUGAUUUAUAGAAACAAGAAGAAACAAAAUUAUGAUCCUAUCAAUUUUGAAAUACUUGGUGAUCAUUCUGAUUGGGUGUUGGAGGAUUCACCACCAUUCUUAACCAUUGAGGAGGUGGAAGCACUACGCAAAGAUCUUGCUAGUAUGACAAUUCAACCUAUGUCAAAUGAUAUUGAUCAAUUAAAUUUGGAUGAGGUUGAUGUCGAGGAUGAUGAACAACUUAAUUCUGGAGAAAACAACCAAAAUAAUAAUAUCAUUGAUGGGGGAAAUGUUGCAAAUGCGAUUGAUUUUACUGCAGAUGGUUUUGAUAUUGAAGAAGGAGAUCCCAAUAUUGAAAUAAUUUUACCUCCUUGGAACUAA